AUGAGUGAAAUAGAAACCAGGACUUCUGCUCUGAAGAACAAGAGCUCCCAAAUAGCAUCCCCGUCAAACACCAGCGCACUCGAGGAUACUAUCACCGAGCUGAAAGUUCAACUUAAUAACAGGGACCAGGAGCUCCUCUCCAAUGACGUUGAAAUAUCCGGCAUAACUGAGCUUGGAGGAGAAAAUCUUAUGUCAACAGUUACAGUUCUAUCUACGAAGCUGGGAAUAACAUUAGACAAAAGAGACAUUGUUAACGUGGAACGUGUUGGCUUAGCACGUCGCAAUAGGGUAGAGGAGAGUACUUGCGACGACGAUCUCAGCUCAUAG